UUUGGGGGGGUUUUGUGAGGGCAUAGUCUGUUGAGAAGCCAUGUUUAUGCUGGCUGCUUUUGUGACAACUGCCACUCUUCUGAUGUUUAAAGACUCUUAUUUAACCGGCCGGGAACUGUAGCCCUGGUCACAAGUCCGCGAUGAAAAAAGGAGAGAGGUUUCGGAGGGCACAGGAAGCGCUGGCUGCGACCUUCGCAUAGGAGGAUUCCAAACAUCCGUGAAUCAAAAUCCACCGGCAGCGGUUUAUUCUCCCGCUAGCUGCGGUCCCUUCCCCGGAGGCAAUCUGGCGGCCCUUCGGCUAGAGGCGGAGGAGAAGGAACUGGGGGCCAUGGCCUGGGUGCUGAAGAUGGACGAUGCCACCAUCGAGUCAGGGCUGGUACACGACUUCGAUGCCAGUCUUUCGGGCAUCGGGCAGGAGCUGGGGGCUGGCGCAUACAGUAUGAGUGAUGUGCUGGCCCUGCCAAUCUUUAAACAGGAGGACUCCAGUCUUCCUUCAGACUGUGAGAGCAGCAGUCUCAACCCUCCCUUCCAGUACGUUCUCUGUGCUGCCACCUCCCCUGCUGUCAAACUACACGAUGAGACACUCACCUACCUGAACCAAGGCCAGUCUUAUGAGAUCCGUAUGCUGGACAACCGAAAGCUGGCCGAGUUACCAGAGAUUAACAACAAGAGUGUCAAGAGCAUCGUUAGGGUGGUGUUUCAUGACAGAAGACUCCAGUACACAGAGCACCAGCAACUGGAGGGGUGGAAAUGGAAUCGCCCUGGAGACCGUCUCCUAGAUAUCGACAUCCCCCUGUCAGUGGGUAUUGUGGAGGCGAAGGCCAACCCCGCUCAGCUCAACGCUGCCGAAUUCCUCUGGGACCUCAACAAGAGAGCCUCCGUGUUUGUGCAGGUUCACUGCAUCAGUACAGAGUUCACCCCUAGAAAGCAUGGAGGAGAGAAGGGAGUUCCCUUCAGGAUCCAGAUCGACACUUUCAGACAGGGAGACAACGGAGAGUACACUGAACACCUCCACUCUGCCUCCUGCCAAAUCAAAGUCUUCAAGCCAAAGGGGGCAGACAGGAAACAGAAGACUGACAGAGAGAAGAUGGAGAAACGAACGUCUCAGGAAAAGGAGAAGUACCAGCCCUCCUACGACACAACCAUACUAUCAGAGAUGAGGCUGGAGCCCAUCAUAGAGGAGGCAGGAGACUAUGAGCUGAAGAAGUCCAGCAAGCGGACGCUGCCGGCUGACUGUGGGGACUCGCUGGCCAAGAGAGGCACUUGUUCUCCGUGGCCUGAUGCCUACAUCAGCUCUCCCCAGACAGCUGGCCCCUCUUUCUCCUCGACACCGCUCUCCACAUACACUGCCUCCUCUGUACCUGACAGUGGCCCCUCGUCGCCCAAUCACCAGACAGACCCUGUCAGCCAAGUCGUCACAGAGCAGCUCAGUCCUACGGCUACCAUCAAGGAGGCUCAGAAGUGGCUUGUCAAGAACCGCUUCAACACAUAUGCACGACUCUUCUCCCACUUCUCAGGUUGUGACUUAAUGAAGUUGACCCGGGAUGACCUGGUUCAGAUCUGUGGAGCUGCUGAUGGAAUCAGACUCUUCUACACACUCAGAUCCAGGUCGGUGCGUCCCAGGUUGACCAUCUAUGUGUGUCAGGAGGGUGAUGUGGAGAGCCCCCUGCUGGAGAGACGCUGCGACAGCGAGAACGGAGAGCACAGUGACUCACCUAAUUUAUAUGUGUACCAUGCUCUGUACCUGGAGGAGCUGACGGCUGCUGAGUUGAUCAGGAAGAUGGCGUGUGUGUGUAGUGUUCCACUGGGACAGAUCAACCAGGUCUACCGACAAGGACCCACAGGAAUACACAUACUGCUGAGUGACCAGGUGGUUUAUAACUUACCUGAUGAGAGCUGCUUUCUCAUUGGCACACUCAAAGAUGAAACGGGGGAGGGGCUCCACCUGGUUUUGAAGUAGUGAUGGAGGAUGAGCGUGAUGACAUCACUGAAAACUCCUCCCUCUGUGAAUAGCAGAGCAGUCUCUCUCCCUCUCUCUCCUAUCGUUCAGAUUGCUAUAUGUAAGACAGAGG